UAAAGUUGAUAGGCGCUCCGGGCGUGGCCGCGCUGAGACGUAGGUUUAUGAGGGCUGGGUUUCUUUUUUAUAUAUUCAUUUUCCUCCAUCGUCAGAUUUCCAUGUGAGCUGGUGAUGCUAGCCAUUUAAAGCGAUCGCGCAGGAUAGCUGCUGGACACAGUUAUACUGUCGGAAUCCAGCCCGAGCGCUUUCUCGUGCGUUAUACACCGAUCGAAUGCGCGCGCGCGCGUGCAUACGAGCUUCCACGCGCUCCAGCUCGCGCCCUUUACCGCUCUGCAUGUAACUGUCGUCGCUGCGGCGUGGUUUUGUCGAGGGCGUUAGAGAGCGCGCGCGCGCGAUAGAGAGAGAGAGAGAGAGAGAGAGAGAGAGACUGUAGCCCUGUCGUGAAACUGCCUUGCGGCAACUUUUGAGUCGGGAGUUCGCUGGUGAGCGGAUUUCUAAUGCCAUUCGGUUGAUGGAGAGUCGCGGGCGUUGCGUCUACCGUUUCCCGUGUACUUUUUGAAAAGGAGAAGAAGAAAAAAAUCGUGACAUAUUGCGUUCAUCCGUCGCGUCUUCACCAUUUCCGUUUGGGAUUUGAGUCGAAGAACUGCGAGCGAGCCGCACGUUUUCCACCCCCGUUUUCCCAAUCAGAGGCACCACAACACCGUUGGCUUAUUUUUAUUUCUUAAUUAUUUUAUUUUAUAAAAGGCAAAGAAAAGCGCAGUUGGGCACCGAGCUGGUAGUUUACACCGGAGCCAUGGGCUGUACGGUGAGCGCCGAGGACAAGGCGGCCGCCGAGAGGUCGAAAAUGAUCGACAAAAACCUCCGUGAAGAUGGCGAGAAGGCAGCGAGGGAGGUGAAACUGCUUCUGCUCGGUGCAGGGGAGUCUGGAAAGAGCACCAUUGUGAAGCAGAUGAAAAUCAUUCACGAGGACGGCUACUCGGAAGACGAAUGCAAGCAGUACAGAGCUGUGGUGUACAGCAACACCAUCCAGUCUAUAAUGGCCAUCAUCAAAGCCAUGAGCAACCUCAAGGUUGAUUAUGGAGAUGCUCCGAGAACGGAUGAUGCAAGGCAGCUCUUUGCACUGUCUGCUGCAGCAGAAGAGCAGGGAAUUCUCCCAGAAGACUUGGCCAAUGUGAUCCGCAGACUGUGGGCUGACAGCGGGGUGCAGGGCUGCUUCAGCCGCUCCAGAGAGUACCAGCUCAAUGACUCUGCUGCCUAUUAUUUGAAUGAUCUUGAGAGGAUAGCACGAGCAGACUACAUUCCCACCCAGCAGGACGUGUUGAGGACCAGAGUGAAAACUACCGGCAUCGUCGAGACGCACUUCACUUUUAAGGACCUGCACUUCAAGAUGUUUGAUGUUGGAGGGCAGAGGUCAGAGCGGAAGAAGUGGAUCCACUGCUUUGAAGGCGUGACCGCCAUCAUCUUCUGCGUGGCUUUAAGCGCCUACGAUCUGAUGCUGGCUGAGGAUGAAGAGAUGAACCGAAUGCAUGAGAGCAUGAAGCUUUUUGACUCCAUCUGCAACAAUAAAUGGUUCACAGAGACCUCCAUUAUCCUUUUUCUCAACAAGAAGGAUCUGUUUGAGGAGAAGAUCACACGCAGCCCUCUUACCAUUUGCUUCCCUGAAUAUACAGGAGCCAACAAAUAUGAUGAAGCAGCGAGCUACAUCCAGACUAAGUUCGAGGAUCUGAACAAGAAGAAGGAUACAAAAGAGAUCUACACCCACUUCACCUGCGCUACCGACACCAAGAACGUGCAGUUUGUGUUCGACGCCGUCACUGAUGUCAUCAUCAAAAACAACCUGAAGGACUGUGGGCUUUUCUAAUGACAAAAAUAGGGAACAUGUCAAGUGUGUGGUGUUUCUUCAGGAGAAGCUCAGCUGUGUGGUGCCACCCUGCAUUAGCGUCGGUCAUCACCGUGCCAGACUGCCUACAGCCAUCCAGACAAACGCCGAAAUUUCAUUUAAUACCUUUAUUGGGGGAGGGAGGGAGGACCAAGAACGACAAGAAAAAGAAAAUCUAUAUUGCUGAAUUCUACUUGUCACUGAAUUGCAAAAUUCCAAAACCUAAUUUUUAUUCCUCUUUUUGUUUUUGUAAAUAUUUUUGAGGUUAUUUUCUUUAGAAUUUAAAAAAAACAACAAAAAAAGGUAAAUUGUUUCUGAUGUUUCUCCUUGACUUAUGUUCGAGUACGAUAGCGCAAAAGAAGAGAUGGAGGGGAGGGAGAUUUGACAAAUCCUUUUCUUUAACAGAUUGGUAAAUCUUAAUAAACCUUCCUGUGUAAUAUCUUUUGUAACAGCUAUGUAAGCACAGAUUGGGAUCAAUAUGACUUUUUGUUUUGUUUUGUUUUGUUUGUUUGUUUUUUUAAAUACUUUCACAUGAAUUUCACAUUUCUGGCUUACUGUACAAUGUGCUGUGUAAUGGACCACAUUUCAAAUGAAUUAUAAUAAUAAUAAUAGAAGAAAAAGAACAAAUCGCUUUCUCUGGUUCAGCCACAGUGACCUGCUCUCGGUCAUUUUGUCUUUACACAUUUAUCCUUCUGAAUCUUCGCUUCACUUCGCUCAACACUGUUCAACUGUGACUAAUAUGUAAGAUGCAUAACUUUGUCUUCGCUCGUCCUUUCGUGUUCCUGCCCCAACACUUUGGUUCUGUUUUGUGCCUUGACUUUUUUUUUAUUAUUUUGGGGGAUUUUUUUUUUUUUUUUUUUUGUCUUUUUGUUCAUGUUGUCUGUAGAGUUUAGAGCAAUUUCAGUUUGCAAUAUCUAAUGAAGAAUUUAAACAAGAGGUUUGUGGUUUUAGGAGAUAAUAAAAACGUGACCGCCAUCUGAUGACUAUGAUAAAUGCCAUGAAAUGUUUUAUUGAAAAUAAAACUUGAUUUCACAACUGUGAA